CUCCAAAAUGGCAAUUGGCAAACCAUAGUCAAAGGACAAAAACAUUAAGGCAGCCAAUAACAAUUUGAACACCCUCAUCCCCAAUUCAAAAAAGAAGCCCGGUUGGGGCCCGGUCAAACUUACAGAUUAUCCCAUCAUCCAAAAAUUCAAAAAGGCCCGGUUUGGGCCCGGUCAAAUCUACAGAUUAUCCAAAAAAUUUCACAUCACAAAUCAGUACCACACAUAAUGAACCUUGACCAGCUGCUAAACUGCCUUCAAAGCUCUGCUCCCAAAAUAUUCCAUAAACUGCUAUAAAUACAUUGCAAAGUUCUUAGAUCUCACAAACCAUUAACAUUUUUUCAGACCAAAGUGUAGAAAAAAGAAAGACAGACACACACUUUAAAGUUUGAUUGAAAAAAUGGCAGAUUUAUACAUGUCAAUGCAGUAUUCUGAAGGCAGGCCUUCUUACCCACAACAGCUCUUUGAUUUCAUUGCCUCAAAGACACUUUCGCACGAUCUUGCGUGGGAUGUUGGAACCGGUAAUGGCCAAUCCGCCCGAUCUCUAGCUAAUAUCUACAAGAAUGUUAUAGCCACGGACAAAAGCCCGAGGCAGCUCGAAUUCGCUGCCAAACUACCGAACAUAGCUUACAAAUGUACCUCACCGUGCAUGUCCAUAUCCGAACUCCAAGAAAAAAUCGGCCCAAAAUCGAGCGUUGACCUAGUCACCAUAGCCCAAGCUAUGCACUGGUUCGACCUCCCGAAAUUCUACGAGCAAGUUAAAUGGGCCCUCAAAAAGCCCAAUGGGGUUAUAGCCGCAUGGUGCUACACGUCUCCCGAGGUCAACCCUGGAGUUGACUCGAUGUUCGACAGAUUCUACAAUGUGGACGCGGUCCCGUAUUUUGAGAUGCCGCCACGUAGGAUGGUUGACGAGAGGUACGAGACCAUUGACUUCCCUUUUGGGCCGGUUAAUGGGCUCGAGCAUAACGGGCCCUUCAGGUUCGAUUCGGAGAAAGUGAUGGAUUUGAAGGGGUACUUUACGUACCUCAAGUCGUGGUCCGCUUAUCAAGCGGCUAAAGAGAAGGGUGUGGAGCUUUUGAGUGAUGAAGUUGUCGAGGGUUUCACGAGGGCGUGGAAUGAAGAUGGGAAAAUCGAGAAGGUUGUCAAGUUUCCUAUCUAUUUGAGGAUCGGGAAAGUCGGGCCGUAGAGUUCAAGGUAGGUGUUGGAGUUCUGAAUAAGGCUAUGUUUGGUAAUCAAAUAAACUAGCUUAUAUUUGAUUAACUUAUAAGCUUCUUGUAUUCAAAUAAGGUUCGUUUGUUUAAACUUAUAUCAUAAUAAUGAUAUAAGCUUCUUUGGAUAGUUUUUCAAAUAAGCUCGUCGAAAUUUUUAUUUCAGUUAGCUUAUCAGCUAAUUUUACCAAACACUUUAUCAUAUAAGCUGCUAUAAAUCAUAAGCUAUAAGCUAUAAGCUCGAAAAUCACUCAUAAGCUAUAAGUUUGAUGGUGUUUAA